UAUAUGUGCUACUGCUUUUGUGAAACCGAGUCGAGGCCUAAUUUAGUCAGGAUAUCAGGAAAAUCCCGGUUUAAUCCCCGAUCUUUGUGUGACACAGCCCUCGGAAGAGAAAAGGACAGGUGUGGAUGAAACAAGAUGAAUAGGGAUGGGCAUAGGCUGAUAUACGCACACAUAGGGAGGCGGGGAGCAUGGAAGAGAGCGUGUAUGUCGCCAUUGCCGCUUGGCAGUGCUGUUGGGAGAGAAGGAGGAAGUCCGCAAAGCCAGCUUUCAGUGGAUACCAUCCUAGCAGUGACAGUUUGCUAAAAUGAGUACUUGUCGGUAGAUAGUAAUGACCUAAAAGGACUACGCCUCCAAUUAAACCUGGCUUCGGAGUUUUUUCGGAGAGCCCCAGUGUGCGGAGACAUCAGACAGAAAAAAAAGGAUCUCUUUUUACCUUCGAAUGUGGAUAUGCUUCCCUGUUUUCCGUGGUAUAUGGAUCUGGGAGCCACCAUGUUUAUUAGGUGGGUUGGCAAAUUCAUCUGAACCGACUUUAUGAGCUCAUCCAGCACUGUCACGAAAGGCACCCGCACCAUUGUGACUUGGAAGGAAAGAAGACACUGGCUGCUUUAACCCAGCAUAAGAGAUAGUCUCGACAAGUGAGAGCAAUUUGGAGGAAUGAAUUUAGUAAACCCAAGGGAAAAUUAAAAUGUUUGGAUCCCUGACCCAUUGAGCAACUAGACUGGAAUGAUAUCUUGAUCUAUUUUUUUCUAAUAGUAACCAUUAGCAAUGAGUGGGUGUAUAUAAUGGCCAAGAAUAAGGAUGCACGCUCCCUGACAUUUUCUGUCAGUGUGGUUGGCCUCUCUGGGACUGAAAAAGAAAAAGGCAACUGUGGUGUGGGCAAGUCCUGCCUAUGCAAUCGAUAUGUACGCCCAGAUGCUGACAAUUACUAUUCUGAGCACACAUCAGUGCUUAGUACAAUAGACUUUGGCGGACGUGUUGUUAACAAUGACCACUUCCUUUACUGGGGGGAAGUGAACAUUAGAGGUGAGGAGGGAUUGGACUGUAAAAUCCAAGUCAUUGAACAAACUGAGUUCAUUGAUGAUCAAACGUUUCUUCCACAUCGAAGUACAAAUCUACAGCCAUAUACCAAACGAGCUGCAGCAACUAAGCUCCAGUCAGCAGAGAAGCUUAUGUACAUCUGCACAGACCAGCUUGGCUUGGAGCAAGACUUUGACCAGAGGCAGAUGCCUGAUGGGAAACUGAACAUUGAUGGCUUUGUGCUCUGUGUUGAUGUUAGCAAGGGUUGUAAUAGGAAAUUUGAUGACCAAAUGAAGUUUAUUAACAGUCUCUACUCACAAAUUGUCAAGUCAAAGAAACCUAUUGUUGUUGCUGCUUCAAAGUGUGAUGAGUGUGUUGAUCAACAUUUGAGGGAUCUGCAGACCUUUGUGGCCAGCAAAAAGAACCUGAUGUUAGUUGAGACAUCCGCACGUUUUAAUGUCAACAUAGAGCACUGCUUCAAUGCCCUUAUCCAGCAGAUUGAUAAAACAAGAGGAAAGCCUAAAACUAUACCAUACCUGGAUGCCUAUAAAGUCCAGCGACAGCUUGUUGCCUCAGUAACAGAAAGAUUUGAGAAACUCAUUGUACAAACAGUGAGAGAUUAUCAUAUCACAUGGAAAACGUUCAUAAAUAAUUUGAAGGGUCAACCAGACUAUGAUGAGUUUAUCACCUUGGAGGGAUCCUGGAAAGCACGCAACAUGUUCACAAAGCACAUUGCACAACUGAAGCAGGAGCACAUUAAACGCAGGCGUGAAGAGUAUUUGAUAACACUUCCAAAAACCCUUAACAAUAUUUUCUGUAGUCUCGAGGAAGUUGAACACCUGCCAUGGCCCGAGGCACAGACUAUAAUCCGCAACCGGCAUGAUUUCCAGUGUUGGUUUGUGGUACUGGAUCAUACACCAUGGCAUGAAACAGACCACAUUGAUAAUAGUGAUCGCAGAAUACCCUUUGACCUCCUUGACACAUCUGAUGGGGAGAGAAUUUACCAUGCCCAUGUCCAGCACCUGCUAUCUGAGAAAAGAAGGGUUGAGAUGAAAGAUAGGUUUAAGAAGACUCUGGAAAGGGUUCAUUUUAUCAGUCCAGGGCAACCCUGGGAGGAAGUCAUGUGUUUUGUCAUGGAAGAUGAGGCCUACAAGUAUAUCACUGAAUCGGACAGAAAGGAUGUUUACUGUAGACACCAGCAAGAAAUAGUUGAAAAGGCCAAAGAAGAUUUUCAGGAAAUGCUGUUUGAGCAUGCUGAGCUGUUUUAUGACUUGGACCUCAGUGCAACUCCCAGUUGUGACAAGAUGACAGAAAUUCACAGUGUUCUAAAUGAGGAACCCAGAUACAGAGCACUGCAAAAGCUUGCUCCAGAUAGAGAGUCACUACUCCUUAAACACAUUGGAUUUGUCUACCAUCCCACUAAGGAGACGUGUUUAAGUGGACAGAACUGCAUAGAUCUGAAAGUAGAGCAGGUUUUGACUAACAGACUUGUACAGCUUGACCACAGUCGCUCAAAUCUCUACUAUAGCUGUGACAACAUUGAUAAGAUAAACCUCUGCCUUCUUGGAAAAGAUGGUCUCUCACAGGAACUAGCAAAUGAGAUCAGAGCUCAGUCCACAGAUGAUGAGUACACGCUUGAUGGUAAAAUUUAUGAACUGGAGCUUCUUCCAGUGGAUGUCAACUCAACUCUGCUUUUCAGCCACACAUGGGUUGCCACUUUUAAGCCUCAUGGCUGCUUUUGUGUGUUUAACUCCAUAGAGUCUCUUAACUGCAUUGGUGAUUGCAUUGGCAGAAUCAGAGCUGAGAUAGCACAGAAUCGACAUGAUCAAUUCACUCAACCACUCCCUUUUAUACUUAUUCUUUCAAGUCAGCGAGACAGUGUUUGCAAAAAUAUACCUAUUCUGAGGCAUCAAGGACAACAACUUGCAAACAAGUUGCAAUGCACCUUCAUAGACAUUACUUCAGGAGCUUUUCCUCGGAAGUUCACUGAGUUCCAAAUUAAGCAGGGGCUCAGAGCAGUUCUCGGGGGUCUGAAGCAUAACUUGGAAGUCUUAGCACCACUACCCUGCAUCAAAGACAUGGCUGAGACAGACCUUAGAAUAGUCAUGUGUGCUAUGUGCUGGGAUCCUUUUAGUGUUGACCUCAUCCUCUCACCUUUCUUAGAUUCACAUUGCUGUAGUGCAGGACAGCCAGGCCAAAGCAAUACACUCAUUCUUGAUAAGAUUAUUGGAGACAGCCGGAGAAGGAUCCAAGUCACUAUACUCUCCUACCACUCUGGUAUUGGUGUCCGUAAAGAUGAACUUGUGCAUGGCUAUAUUUUGGUCUACUCUGCCAAACGCAAGGCAUCAAUGGCAACCCUACGAGCAUUCUUGGCCGAAGUCCAAGACGUGAUCCCCGUCCAGAUGGUGGCAAUCACAGACAGCCAGGCAGACUUCUUUGAGAGUGAUGCCAUUAAGGACCUAAUGACUGAAGGGGAGCACAUUGCCACCGAGAUAGCUGCCAAGUUCACAGCACUCUAUUCCCUGUCACAAUAUCACCGCCAGACAGAAGUUUUUACACCCUUCUUCAAUGAAGUGCUAGAAAAGAAACCAAGCAUUGAGAAGGCCUUCCUGCUUGACAGCUCUUCACGUGACUUUACUUCCGGAGCCAGUGAAGAUGUUUUUCCCACAUCGCCCCAUAGCCAUUUGCCAGCUUACAACUCUUAUUAUCCUGAAUCUGAUGAUGAUAAUGAGGCUCCCCCACCUUACAGUCCAAUUGGCGAUGAUGUUCAACUUCUGCCUACACCCAAUGAGCGUUCAAAGUACAGGAUUGACCUAGAGGGAAAUGAAUACCCUGUCCACAGCACACCUGUCGGAGACCAUGAUCGCAACCACAAAGUGCCCCCACCAGUCCGGCCUAAACCGGUGCUCCCUAAGCCUAAUGUGAAAAAACUUGACCCUAACCUACUUAAAGCCAUUGAGGCUGGCAUGCGAAGCAAUCGCAGGGUGCCUCGUGGCCCAGUCACACACACUGAAGACGUAGAAGCAUCGGACAACUAUGCAGAACCCGUUGAUACCUUGCUUAGGUCCAGAGGUUUCCACAACGAUGACAUCUAUGUUGUGCCUGAAGAUGCACACAGCCGUCUGGUGAAAAUGAAAAACUCUUUUGGUCUACAUGGCCUCCAGUCAGGAGGAGACGAGGAGAAUGGAUUUGAGCGGAAAUCUCAGGCUCUUAGGCGUCCUUCAAAAUACAAGCAUCGUUCUAAAAUUCUUUUCAGCAAAACAAAGGCCUAUCAAAGACGGUUCCACUCUGACAGUGAUGGUGAGGAGUUUUGCCCUGCCACACAGAAAAAGAAGAAGGGGAGGGCCCACAGAGGCAGCGAGGAGGACCCACUUCUCUCCCCUGCCGACCCAUGGAAGAUUGGUAUAGAUAAUCCUGCCAUCACCUCUGAUCCUGAGCAGGACGAUAAGAAGAUGAAGAAGAAAAAGACAUCAAAGACUCCAAAGGACCAGAAAAAGCCCAAAUCGACCAAGCCCCCAAAGCCAUUUAACCCACCCAAUCGGAGAACCUGGGAGAGCAACUACUUUGGCGUUCCCCUGCAGAAUCUGGUGACUCCAGAGCAUCCCAUCCCACUCUUCAUUGAGAAGUGUGUUGACUACAUAGAACGCACAGGUUUAACGACUGAGGGCCUUUAUCGUGUCAGUGGAAACAAGACAGACCAGGAUAACCUUCAGAAACAAUUUGAUCAAGAUCACAACAUCAAUUUUGGAGAGAUGGAUAUUGCAGUGAAUGCUGUGGCUGGAGCGCUGAAGGCUUUUUUUGCCGACCUGCCUGACCCACUGAUCCCCUACAUCCUGCACCCAGAGCUGGUGGAAGCUGCAAAAAUCAUGAACUACAACGAGCGGCUGCAGGUGUUGCGAGAACUUGUGAAGAAGUUUCCUUCAAUCAACUACCAGAUCUUCAAAUACAUAAUCACACACCUUAACAGAGUGAAUUUUCACCGGAAGACUAGUCUGAUGACAGCCGACAACCUGUCCAUCUGCUUCUGGCCCACCCUCAUGCAUCCUGACUUUGAGAACAAAGACACACUGGCGACUGCAAAGCUGAACCAGUCAGUUAUUGAGACUUUCAUUGUGCAGACUGACUAUUUCUUUCAUGGAGGGGAAAUUGAGAGCUCCGGCAGUGAGGGGACACCGCCACCACAUUGCCACAGCAUGGUGGAGGCUCUUCUGCCCCUGCAGUUGCCCCCACCUUUGCAACCCCAGCAGAUACAACACACACUAGCCCCUGAUCCACUCAUUUAAGACACCCCUGGGCUUCUGUGACAUUGGGAGUUCUGAAUGUGCUUCCAACUUCAAUCUUCAACACAUGCUUGGUCAUUCUUUGUUGUCAAAUCAGUGACUGGCUGAUAUCAGUGAAACACAUUGCAACAGUCAGUUGAUUUUUC